AUGACAACAUUGAUCACGAAAGGGCAGGCAGCGUGUUUGGUGCUAGGAGAGUCAGUAACGGAAGCAAAUCAUGUGAAGUGCAAAGCCAUUGUUAAUGGGACACCAUUUGAUAUUGUUUAUACGUCGGAGAGAGGCAACACACGACCCAUUGCCAUUGGCAAGGUAGUCGCUGAACGCGAUCCCUUUACAUAUCUUAAUUACCCUGAUACACCACCUCCUUGUCACGUUGAUUCCCCCAGCUUUAUUGAAACAAACGACUCCAGUAUACCUAACGGAAGCAGCAGCUGUGCACUAGAUAAUGUUGAAAGCAGUUCCAGCUCGUACAAGUCAACAGACAGUUAUAAUGUCCUUAAACCAACAAAAGCUAGUGUCAUGGACCUUCUGCGCAUCUUUUUGACAGCAAACCCAGCUAGUAGUGUCAAGAAUCAUUAUGAUCUCAAGUCAUUAACUGAGAAGGAUAUCUUCAAUCUAGUGAUAGCCAAUAUACCGAAUGUUGGUGAUUCGUUUACUGCUAACCAGAUCAACAAAUGGCUAACUACUGAUGGAUAUAAUGGCAAGAAGCGGCAAAUGGUAAUUUUAAAAGAGCGAUGA